AUGAUUAAAAAUGUUCAUCGUCAAAAUAAGUUAGAUGAACGGUAUGAAGGACCUUAUUUGAUUUAUAGUAUAACCGAUAAAGGUUCCUAUGUGCUGGCUGACAAGACGGGUGCACUCCUUAGUCGAGAUGUGCCUACCCAUCAUAUCAAGUACCAAGUCGCUGCGAAUCCUCAGCCAAUCACAAUUGAUGAAUUCUCUGCAGAGCAUUACGAAAUUCAAGCUGUGAUUGAUCAUAGAGGAUCUCCUGGUAACUAUGAGUAUAAGGUAAAAUGGAAAGGGUUCGAUGAUUCUAGUGAAGAUACUUGGGAGCCUGUGAAAAACUUUGAUUCGGCCAAACACAUUGAGCUGUAUUGGGCUCGAAGAGAAGGUGCAAAGGCUGCUGGUAAACGUAGGUUAGCUCCUCAAACAGUUAACUGGCGAACUACUACUACUCGCGAAAUUGGUCAGAGUGGUAGAUCAAACAGGUCUUAA